AUGCCACACGCUGAGACGGCAGACUCUACAGAGCCAAAGAAGCUCAUCCUGUGCUUUGAUGGCACGGGAAAUACCUUUAGCGGCUCCAAUGCGGAUACCAACGUGGUCAAGAUCCUGCGCAAGAUGGACCGUAACCAUCCGAACCAAUACCACUACUAUCAAACCGGCAUUGGUACAUACGACAUCAAUGAAAAGUCUGUAAACAAGACUUUUGUUGGUGAGAUUGGUAGUAGUAUUUCAAAGACUGUGGAUCAGGGCUUUGGAACUACGUUUGAUGCCCAUGUCAUUGCUGGCUACCGCUUUCUCAUGCGAUACUACGAGCCUGGCGCGAAAAUCUAUGUCUUUGGCUUCAGUCGAGGUGCCUUUACUGCCAAGUUCCUCGCCAGAAUGCUCAACAAGGUCGGCCUUCUCUGUAAAGGCAACGAAGAGAUGGUCCCUUUUGCAUUCCGUCUCUAUCAGCGCCAUCUGCAAGGCGAGAUCAGAGACAGCGAGACAGCCCAGUGUUCUCAUGGCCAUGAGGACGAUGGAGAUGCACCUCACUCCCAUACUGGUGAAAUCCGUCUGCCGGGCCAGGCUCCCGCUGAUGUCAGUGACGAGACCCGAGAGGCAUCAAAUGAGAUUGAUGCUUUUAGCCAGACGUUCUGUCGCAAAGAGACGAACAGUGAUGGCGAAGAGGAGAAUAUCAAGGUAUUCUUCCUUGGCAUCUGGGACUGCGUUGCCUCUGUUGCUGUUCUGGAGCGCAAGGCUCGCAUGCCUGUUCCUGUAACUGGUACAGCGCACCACGUUCGUCACGCAGUGGCUGUCGACGAGCGCCGUGUCAAGUUCAAGCCUGCCCUUCUUGCACAGGACAUCAGAGCUGCCGUUCACAACCACAAGCCAGCCGCUGAGGAAGACAUCAAAGAAGUCUGGUUCCCUGGUAACCACGGCGAUGUCGGCGGUGGCUGGCCCGUCGUGGUAGCAGAACAGGCCGAUUCCAAGAAGAAACAGCCUCUGCUGUGCUCUUCUGAGCAAAGCCUGAUUGAAGAAAACGGGUCUGCUCAGUCGAAGCCUCCGGUGGUCAAGCUGUCGCUCUGGGGCCGCUUCAAGAAUGCCAUCAAGACAUGGAAGGCCGACAAGGCGAGCACUGAUCUAAACAACGACUGGCUUCAGAUGAGCGACAUUCCUUUGGAGUGGAUGAUCCGCGAAGUCAAGAAGUGCGGCGCAAAGGACCCCAGUGCUCAAGUCCACUGGUGUCACAGCCUCGAGCCAUUUGAGGAUAUGAUGAAGGACCCCCAGAGGCGUAUGGAAGCGACCCAUGGGUUCAUGCACGACACCCUUGCUUUUGGAUACGGAACUGCAUUUUUCAAGGUCCUCAUGUGGAAGUUUAUGGAAUGGCUCCCUUUUCUCACGCGGUGGGAGCUAGACGACGCGACGAGCGACAACGUCAAGCUGCUUGGAUGGAAGCCUGUCACAUUCCCUCCCAACAUGGGAUCAUACCGUGACAUUCCCCGCGGCGCAGUGUUGCAUCGGUCGUUGCUUGAUCGGCUACAGACAUUCUCCAACUAUGAACCCGGCAACAACCACGGCGACAGGACAAAUGACUGCUUCAAGGGCCGUAACAAGGCCCUGGUGUACACGGGCAAGAUAACGGACAACUUGACUCCUGAGCAGGCUGAGCGAUUGAAAGAGUCGCAUUUCAGGGUUCACUCAGAAGGAGGAAACUUGGUGUGGGAGGAGGACGAGCGACAUCAGACGUAUGACUUUAACCCUCACUUCAAGGGUGCUGAAAACCGGGGACAUUUCCACUAG